AAACACUAGCGUCUGCCUGGGAAUCUCGUGGACUCAGGAAGCUCUUGGGGGGAAAAAAAACAAACAACAAAAACAAACAAAAAACAACAGAAUGGAAUGAUCGGUUUAAGAUCUUAAUUUAACAGAUAUAUUUGAUAUUGACUGAAGCCCUUCUCAUACCUUGUCCCAGCUGUCUCUGCAAUGGAUUGUGAUGAUGAGAGGGUAAACCAGAGCCUGAGGCAGCAGUUCCUGGCCUUGCAAGAGCAGCAGCAGAGGAGGCUGCAGAAGCGUAGGGAGAAGCAGAAAGAGAAACUGCAGCCGAGUCAGAGAGCUUCUGCAAGCAGGGAGGCAGACCCCUUCAGUGCUGAGGAUGACCUCAAGCUCCUGGAGCUGGACAGGGAACCUGCUGGGGGCCUUAGCACAAAGAUAUUAGAGGAUGAAAAUGAACAGCUUCAGGACCAGCUGAGGGAGGUGCAAGAUGAGAACAGCAGGCUUUACAAACUCCUCAGUGAGAGGGACUUUGAAAUCAAACACCUGAAGAAGAAACGAGAGGAGGACAGGUUUGCUUUAGCAGGUACCUCUGGCAUGGCAGGUGACGUGGCAGCCACUAAAAUAGUGGAGCUGUCCAAGAGAAACCGGGAGCUGACAGCGGAGAUGGAACGGGAGAAAGCCAAGGUGAAACAGCAUAGCAACAGGGUGAAGGACCUAGAAAAGGAGCUGCAAGAUGCAUUGUCUGGCAUUGGUGGAAAAGAGACAGGAACCAUGACAUUUACCUCAAGGACUACAGGGGACCUGACGCCUGAGAACCCAGAGGUUAAGGCUCUGCAGGAGAAGCUGUCUGUAGCUAAUCUGAAAAUGACUGAGUACCGCAACCAGAUCCAGGCUAUGAAGCAAGAAAUGAAAAUAGCACACAAGGUUCUGGCUAAUGAAGUUGGGGAAGAAGUCAGCAUUCAACAGCUACUAAGUACAUCUGGAAACUGGCGAGGCCGGUCUCAGCAGAUCCUGGCAUUACAGAACAGGGUGCGGGAUCUGGAGUCACAGCUAGGACAAAGCUCUCAGCGUAGGCAGGUGCCAGCUCUCACCAUGGAGGAGGAGAUGCUGAGUCUGGGCGCACUGCAGAGAACCCCAGUGCAGGACAGAAACCUCAGCCGCAUUCGCACCAUGGAGAGAGAGAGGAAGGAAACCUCAGAGAAACUAACCUUUGACUACGAAGUUCUACAGAAAGAGCAUGAGGAGUUAAAGAAAAAGCUGGAGGGCUCCAAAGCUAGAAACAAAGCACUGUGCAAUGAGGUGAAAUCCCUGAAGGGUCAGAUCUCCACCCUCCUGGAAAAGGGCAAACAUGACGACGAGCUUGUAGAUGCUUUACUGAAGCAACAGAAACAAUUGCAGGUUGUUUUGGGGCGCUUGAGCCAGCAAGAGCAGAAGACCCAGGAGGUCCAGCAGAGCCUGGGACAGCAGUUCAACAGUGAGGCCCAGAAACACGGCUCUCUCGUGGAGCAGCUAAAGCAGAUGGUCGAUGAGAGAGAAGCCAAGGUCAAAGAGCUGGAAGAAGAAAUCCAACAGCUAUCACUGAAGAGAUACUUAGGUGAGGAGACAAAGGUACCAGAGAGACUUCACUCAAGAGAAAAGAUAGAUAAAGAUACUGAAAGCACUUCCAGACCUCCAACAGCAGGGGGCGAUCACAGUGGAAGGAUAUCCUCUGCCCGGACCAUUUCCAAGCUGGGGCACACACUUGUUGAAUCAGUAGCUACUCACUCCUCAGGGGGCAGCUCAGGAGGAAGUAUAAGUGCUGCUGAAUUAAAGUCCCUGCAGGUGCAGUGCACUGAAUUCAAGGCCUUGUAUCAGGCAGCAGAAGUGGAGAGAGAUAAACUCAUGGAGCUGCUCACAGUCCUGCAGCAGAGAGUGCAGGAGGCCAAGGAAAAGUGUCUGGAGGCUGAACAGAAGCUCCGGGGAGAGCGCCGGAGAGCUGUGAUUCUGGAGCAGCAGCUUGAAAAGGCAAAGCUGGAUUCAGGAAAAGGGCAAGGCAAUCAAAAAGACAGCAACAGAAACAAAGCAGGUGUUUCUGCCAACAGUACCAGACUUAGCGUGAAUCAAAUUGACAGUAGGGACUUGUCUCCUGGUCGCUCCUCUGGAAUACCUUUGGAGGUUCAAAUUGAAGAACUAAAUACAAGGCUUAUUAUUCAGUCGGAUGAGAAUAAUGCCCUGAGAAUGGCGCUAAAGAGCGCACUGAAGACCAAAGAGGAGGAUCUUAAACUGUACCAUGAAAUGAUGGGGCAGGUGAAGCAGGUCUUUCUGCAGGCUCUGAGGCAGCACAAACAGGACAAGAGCAGUUAGCUACAGCCAAACCAGACCCCACACAGGGAUACCUACAUAGAUACAGCUGAAUCAAAAUAACCAGCAGUAUGUAUUUAGGUAGUUGGUGGACAUCUUGAAAAGGUGUCCAUAGACUCAUAAAACAGUAACAUCCCUAAGUCACAGAACCUGCUGGUUUGUGUUUUUUUUGCAUGCAAGCUGUAAUAAUUCUGUUGUAGUUUUGAGAAUUAUAAUAAAUCUCUUAGGUUAGUCUGGAAAACUGAAGUUAGUCUUCAAACUCAAUUAAUCAGUCCUUAAAGUUUGUGAACAAGCCUGUUAUUACUGUUUUUCAUCUAAGUUAUAAUGAAAAAAUAUGACAAUCUGGAUUAAUGACUACACAGACUAUGUUUGCUGCAUAUUAGAAAUAAUGACAUAAGUCAAUAAAAAAAGGCUAAUCUACAAUGAAGGAAUUUACUGAAAUACAUUUUUGUUGUACAACUUUAGUUUAACAUUAAAGUAGAAAAUAACUUUCAUGUCAUACAAUGGACUUAAUUGAUCAGUCUGAUUGUAAAAAAUGAAGUGAAUAGCAGCCCCGCUGUCAUCUCAGUAUGUUGUUUUUCUGGAUAUUUUUUUGUUUGUUUUUUACAAAAACCUUGACUAUUGAUGAUCAUUGAGAACUUGGAUUAGGAAUCACUGAUUCUGGUACUCCUGAUUCAUUAGCAGCUGUGCAGUAGCCACCAUUAACAUACAUAAGAGAUUCAGAUGCUCUUUUUUUUAUUUAUUUGAUAACAAAAUAUUUAAGUUUCAGUAAAUGUGUUUUUAUAAUACUUCAGCUAAAACCCAUUUUGCAUUUAGCUACCCCUGCAUACAUAAAAUCAGAUUCAGAUGCUCUUGUUAACUUGUGUUAUAGAGCGCCCUUGUAACUUUUAUUAAAACUGGCUAAGCAGUUCUAUGAUAUAUGAACAAAUGUUAGGGUGACUGUGACAGGGCGCAAGCGCUGUUGCAUUGGUGUUCUUCCAGUUUGGCAGGGAUAGGGUUAAUACUAUCCCUGCCAAAUACAGGUGCAGACUGUGGCUGGGACUUAAUUGAUUAAUUAACAAUCAAUUAAGACCAGCCACAGGUGUAUAUAAUGAGCAGCCUCUGCACUGGUGGAAAGACAAACCCAGGGCAAAGAGCAGAGCAUUCCCUUUUCCUUUUUCUUUUCUUCUUCUUCAUGGACUGAACGCAGGUAACUACUUCCAGAACAUCAAGAGAUGAUUAGCUGCCAGCCCAGCCUCUAUAGCUGUGCCUGCUUACAAGCAUUCAACUUGUUUAGUACCUUGCUUUACCUGGGAGAUUGUGUAAGUAGAUGUACCAUAUUUAAAAGAAGCAUUUCUCUUUCUUUUGUGAACCAUUUUAUUUCUUGUAAAUAAAUACGCACAACAGUGCUUUAACUGCAAUUCCUACGUCUCUGCCUGCUAUUUGUAUAGCAUUAAGAGCUGCCCCACACCGCUGCUCUCCCACACUGAUACACA